AUGCGCAUGGCCAAUGCAUUCGGCCAGCCCAGCGGUUUUCGUUUCGAACCAGCAACAGGACCGGCUGAAAAGGAACUCUUUCAUGUCAUCAUCGCCAUGGCACUUGACACGGGCGAGACCUUCGCGAGUUCCGCCAGCAGAGAGGCCACAAGGGAAUACUCUUACAUCGAAAUAGAGGGACAUUAUGAGUGCUAUGAUUUGCUCAAGAAACCAAGGGGCAAGAACCAUAGCGAUUAUGAGCUUUCAUCGGCCCCAUGCUGUCGCGGUCGCAUUCCCCAUAAGGUGGCCCAACACAAGAUUGCGUUGCGCAUCAGCGAGACAAUUGAGCUUGGAUACUGGUCGUGGACAGAUUCAGGCCCAAAACGACUAAAUCUUGCUGUGCAAGAAGGAAGUUGUGAAGACAAAAGGGAUACGCUCUUGGCGAGAAUAGAGAGUCGAUGUUCGAAUUUCAGUGAGAGAUUCGAUGCGGCAAAGGCUGAACAGGAUCCAAAAUGCCGGGCGCGAAGCUUCCGGGAGCUUUUAGCACUCAUGAAACUCACAGAGAAAGGCGCUCGCGAUUCGAUUUCGGGACUAAGGCAGGAUGUGCUGUUUGCCUACCACGGCGAUACGUUCGCACGCAAGAUACGUAACGGCAUCGCGGCUUUGACAAGUGUUUCUUCUAAGAAGCAAAGAACACUCUUCUGCCGGAUCCUCGAUUUUCGAACGAAUCCCGGCCAAAAUCUCUAUGAACUCUUCGACGACGACGCGGCGCACACGGAUAGCAGCAAUGCAAAGACACGAUGGUUACCCUGGUUCAGUGGCUCUGUCGCGACUGCUGUUGCACGCGCAAGUGAUGCCCAAUUCUCGGAAUCUGGAAAACCGAGAAAAGAAGGGGAAAUCAUCAGGAGGGAAAAGAUAGCUCACAUAGUUCAUCAGACUAUAGAUGAGCUGACAAAAGCCCAUCAAACUACAAUAACGCCGGAAGGACCAAUAUUAGGACCUGUGAUCGGGGUCAAAGCUCUUGCCAUUUGCUCAGCCUUACAAGAAGAGUCAUACCUCUUUUUUGAUGCCCAGCGGAAUAUUCCCAUCGAAUCCAUCCCAGCUUUCGCCCGCCAUCUUGCAAGCCUUCUUGUAGACAUAGACUGGGCAGGGCUGCCGGCGAACGUUUCUGUUGUAUUUCCCCUCUUUCUACUGAGCUGGGCAAUUCGCCGAAAUUUUUCUGACGUCUGCAACUUGUUAGGGCUGCCGAACCUUGCGGGGCUUGGGCUAGAUUUGACGAGCCAGUUCGAUCAUGCUGAGCUAAGGUGGCGUGCUGCUACUCAGAACUGGGAGAAGAUGACGGCAACGGAGAUCAAAUUGGCCGAGGUACAGCUCCAUCAAGACUUGCAAAUUAUAAUACAAGAUCUUCAGCGUCUGGUCAUUGGCGAGUACGAUGCAGAAUCGGUGAUUUUCGAGCGCCUCAGUGAGCUUCCGGUCACCGACCACGACUCUGCAUCUCAGAAUGUAGAGUGCGCCGAAGAGGCAGGAUCUGUGGCCUCCGACGAAGGCUCUCUUUUCAUGCCGCUCCAAUCGUCUGUCGACAGCGGCUACGUGAGCAACGCAGGGAGCCAACAGAUGUUUGGCAGUACAUUGGUUGCACCAUCGUCGGGCGCCUUCGUGUUCCCGAGCGCGUUGUCUUCCUGCCGCAACGUCCAGCAGGAUCCGGCGGCCGCUGCCGGCGAGACUGAGGGCGGUGAACGGACCGAUGCAGCAGCCGGGCAGAAGAGAACGUCAGCCGGGGACAAUGCUGCCUCAAAGAGGCAUAGACGGAGCGCUGCAAAGGCCACGGCGAACUCGAAAACCGGCAGGGGGUCGAAUGCAGACCCGUCAUCUACUUCUCACACUGCUCAACGGGACGAAACUACGUCGGGAGCCUUCGGUAACACUACAGAUCCUGUGCAGGAGCAAGCGUGGGUGGAAUUUCUGCAAGAACAAGGAAUGAGCUCCGAAGACUGGGCCGCAAGAAUGUGA